UUGACGUAUCGUCAUAUCCCCGUAGCACGGACUGAGCCCAUCUUUUCGAAUAAAAUACAUUUCACCUUUUCAUUCAUAUGCAAACAGCUCUUCACCAACCAGUCUGUAACAGCGAAUGGAACUUUACCCGACGGCUUCAAACAUCUAACCGUACUCACUAAUUGGCGUGCAUCGCCUAGCGGUUUGGCUCUCCGUCAACCUAUCAGUGGUACGGCUGGCGUCCCUCUGAAUGAAAUCUGUACCGUUUUGUACUCUGGCUCGGACAGCCCGGACCGUUUGGCCAGCCAAUUGAUCGAUCUAUUCCCGAACGCUGUAUACGAUUUCCUCAAAUACUAUAAUGCUGAUCAUCCGGGCAGUGUUCUGAUUCUGGUCGAUCUUGGUCCACAUUUGGAUGGCAUAGUUGCAACGGGGAAUUCAUCCGCUGGUCCAUCGCCAAUCUCCCCCCCGGAGAACUACAAUCAAGCAUUAGCAACCAUGCGGCCCGAUCCGGACGUACAGAUACCAUUUCCAACUGACGAAUCCAUAUGUCGUCUGUGUCAAAUACGGCUUAUGCUUGAUCGUUUUCUGUUUUGUGUCGAAGUCACUGUUUGUCUACCCACCCAGAACGAAGUGAACAUUCUGAAACUUCAGCGUGAACUGUUCGCCUUGACCAACGCAUCUGCUCCAACUGUGGCUUCCUCAUCAAUUAACAACGGGGAGAUUGAGACAGAACGUACCACGACUGCCAGUGGCAUGGGACGGAUUGUCAACGUGCCCAUCCCCGCCCGCUUUCGAGGACGAGACGACAUGGGAGUGCCUAGUUCUUCCGGUCUCAAUGGUCAUUCCCGUUCUGAAACAUCUAAGCCUAAUUUGCGGCGACGUAGUAAUUCGUUCUCCAGCCUGACUAAUCUCGAUCCAGCUCGAGACAGUGCGAUGCCUCCGCCCUAUGGGCAGCCGACGGACCAAAUGACCAAUUCAAAACACUCCUCAAACGAAUACUUUAUUGUACAACCGGGAGAUGGGUCGGAAAAUCAGCAGCUCGAUGGCAGAUCUGGAUCAGCGAAUCGUUGUCCUGGCUGUCCGGCAGCCUUUCAUCGACAUGCCCACCGGUAA